AUAAACUGUCUGAGAAUGUGGGAGAGGCGGCGGACAGACCGAGGCAGCGCAGGAUCGUUUCUCUCUGGAGGAAAAAGGCUCGUAUUUAAAGCUGCUCAGGUUAAGAUUUGCACAGCAUUUGGCUCGCUUUUUGUUUUUAUCGGAGGAAUAAAUCAGCCGAGCGGGAUGGCUGAACCCCGCUUUAACAACCCCUAUUUUUGGCCUCCCCCUCCUACCAUGCCUGGCCAGCUGGAUAACCUAGUAUUGAUCAAUAAAAUCAAGGAGCAGCUGAUGGCGGAGAAGAUCAGACCGCCUCAUCUGCCCCCUGCUUCAGCCCCUUCCCAGCAGCCCCUGCUGGCUACUUCUAGCCAGCCUGAAGGCGGCCAGCACGGGAUAUCCAAAGCCCAGCAGAUGCCGGUUCUCCAUAACCACAGCCCCUCUCAGCCUGAUAUCGCCCUGCACGCCCGCCCUGCCUCCAGCUCAGUUACAGGUCGUAUUCUUGGAGAUGUAAACUUGAAUCUAGAUGACAAGGCAGCUAUAAAAGCCAGAGGGUUAUGGGAAGACUGGCAUCUGCGUCAACUCAUAGAUCAUCCUUCCAGGACAAACCAUGUCUCAGGUGUGGCGCUGGCAUCCAGAACAGGCAACCUCAGCACCUCAGAGAUCAUUACCCCCACCACGCCCACUUCAAGCAGCCACAGCCGGCUGGGUGGAGCUCCCUCCCCUCACCUCAUCUCAGGGUUGACCGGCCAUGGGAUGGAGCCUAUGAAAAACAGUGGUGGACUUGUGGGACUUCUCGGUCCUCCACCAAAGGAGGAAAGAGGACGUAAGAAAAUAAAGGCAGAGAAUGGGUCCUCUCUUUUGGUGGUGCCCUACCCAUUCCUAGCCUCAGGCAAUGACCAGUCCUGCGUCACCAUCACUGCCAAAGAGGGAAAAACCUACAGGUGUAAAAUCUGUCCACUGACCUUCUUCUCUAAGUCAGACAUGCAGAUUCACUCCAAAACACACACAGAGGCGAAGGCUCACAAGUGUCCUCACUGCACUAAGUCCUUUGCAAACGCGUCCUACCUAGCCCAGCACCUGCGCAUACACCUGGGUGUCAAACCUUACCGCUGCACCUACUGUGAGAAAUGUUUUCGCCAGCUCUCCCACCUGCAGCAGCACACCAGAAUCCAUACAGGGGACCGGCCUUAUAAAUGUGCUCAUCCUGGAUGUGAAAAAGCAUUUACUCAACUGUCUAAUCUGCAGUCUCACCAGAGGCAGCACAACAAAGACAAGCCCUUCAAAUGUUCCAAUUGCUACCGUGCCUAUUCAGACUCUGCCUCGCUUCAAAUCCACUUGUCUGCACAUGCCAUCAAAAAUGCCAAGGCCUACUGCUGCAGUAUGUGCGGCAGGUCGUACACCUCUGAGACCUAUCUUAUGAAGCACAUGUCUAAACACACAGUGGUGGAGCAUGUGGUAUCUCAUCACUCCCCUCAUCACAGGACAGACUCUCCCACCAUCCCUAUACGGAUCUCCCUCAUCUGAGCCUUUCACACGACUCCUGCCCUCCAGUUUUCUGUGACAUUGUCACUUUGGUCCUCUGAUGAACCACACAACCCAUUAACAGGAUCCAAAAAUGUGCCAGAUUGCCAGUAUUUUGUGAAGAGGUGCUCUUUUAAUGAGUAUAUCCUCCUGUCCUUCCUUGCUGACCAGAUAGUAUUAUCGGGGGGGGGGUAUCCAAAGAUGAUUUCUCAGCACUUUCAGGCCUGAAAAUGACAGGCCUAAAAUUUCAUUUUUCUAUGUGACUUCACGGGAAAAAAAAAAUGCUCCAGGCAGCUACAUGGAAAAUCUUUUUAACCUUUUUUUGUGUUUAACAGAUUUGUCUUUUUUAUACAGUCCUUUAAUUUCUUUACUCGAAUCUUUACAAAAUAAAUAUAUUUGCAUCAGAAAUAGUCUUCCAUUAGCUGGGCGGCCAAGUUAACAUAAAAGUGGAUGCUUAUAUAAUGUGUAGCUGUUAAUGUAUAUCAUGCCACAUGACCAUAAUACACACAUUAAUAAUGUGUUAACAUUUUUAUGUCAUUUUCAGCCUGCUGCCAAGUUCAACCUGACCUGCUCAUUAGCAGAUUUAAUUUUAAUUUAGAUUUUUUUUGCAGAGUUAAAAUAUGCUCAAGGCAAUCCUGGAGAACUCAGUUUAAUCUGGUAAAGGUUUAAAAGUCCCAAAUGAUGAGCACUAUUAUGAAGUGUGUCAUAUAAAGGCACUAAAUAAACCUCCAUGCCACUGAAAAAUGAAAUAUAAACCGUUGUGCGAGGGAUGGAUGAGGUUCUGCCUUCAGUAGUGUUACAAGUAUGAGGAGCAAUGUUUUUUACUCCACCUGUAAAAAAGCAAAAAACCUCACCUGAUUUAAAUUUGGUCACUGUCACCUUCAAGGUUAUCUUCUUAUUCACAUCAAGGCCACUUCCUAUGCUCCUGCUAACUUUGGAUUGCUCCCUCUAAGUACUCAUAUGUUUCCAGUACCACAGUUUAGGUUACUACCAAUACCUGGAUGACUGAGACCCAACACACACACACAUAUACACAGUUCAGAUUGUUUACAGCGAAUGUUUUCUUUAGACCUCUCAGAAAAUCACAGCAAAACGCCAGUGAACGUGUGAAAUAGAUGAGUAUACUCAUGCUCUGAACCUGUUGCACUACCUUGGGGUUUGAAUGCUUCCAUUAAAGACUAACAAUUCUCAACAUGAAGGUCCAUUUGACAUGUAUAAUAUCUGUGGCGUUGAUGGGCAUUGCUGAUGGUCAGAACAGGGCUUGCAGGCCAAAAUGGAAGUAGUGCCGUACUUUACAAGUAGAUAAAGAACACAGUGGCCAAAUUUAAAAGAAGAUAGGCUUUUGCUUCAUAUGGGCAGAGUUAUAAAAUCUCAUGAUCACACAUUGUAACCCAAAAAUGUGUUACUCUCAUUUUAAGUUAAAAUAUGCCUGUAUAAUCACUUAUCUUGCCAAAUCUAUAUUUGUGUUUUUUUUUUUUUUCUAUUGUGUGCACUUUGUUUUUUCAGUUUUGUAUUGAUCUGGUUUUACAAUGAACAAAUGUAGUGGCAAGACUUACACCACCAUUGUGCUGCAGAGAGAUUUUUUUUUUUACUUUCCAGAAAAACAUUGGUUUUAAGCUUCUUCCUUUUGGUUGUGUAAUGCAAGCAUCGAUUUAUUUGAACAUGAAUUUUUCCAUUGAUUUAUGAAUGAAUAUUUUGUCAUUUUAUAUCCAUCUAAGCCUUAACUUUGUUACAAUUCUACAUUUCAUUUUGCUGUUCGUUUUACAUUUGCCUUUUAUCUUAUAGCAUGACAUAUACUGUAAAUAAACUAUACCUACUGUCAACCCA